CAUUCAUUCUUUCCCUGUGUUGCUUUAGGACUCCUCCCGGGAUAUCCGGGAAGCUCUCCACGAGCUGCUAUGUUGCACCAACGUCUCGACCAAAGAAGGCAUCCAUCUUGCCUUGGCGGAGCUGCUAAAAAACCUCGCCAAAUAUCCGACGGACAGGGAUUCCAUCUGGAAGUGUUUAAAGUUUCUGGGAAGCAGGCACCCCACUCUGGUGCUCCCGCUCGUCCCUGAAUUGUUGGGGACCCACCCUUUCUUCGACACCCCUGAACCAGACAUGGAUGAUCCAGCUUAUAUUGCCGUCCUAGUUCUUAUUUUCAACGCGGCCAAAUCCUGCCCCACGAUGCCGGCGCUCUUCUCUGACCACACCUUCCGGCACUACGCUUACCUUCGGGACAGCCUCUCGCACCUGGUCCCGCCAUUGAGGCUGCCUGGGAAGAAGAUGGCCUCUUCCUCCGGCCUUGCCAGCCUCACCCUUCCGGAAGACCCUUCUCAGGAAUUUCUACAGCAGAGCCUGGAACGGGUUUUCACCCUUCAGCACCUGGAUCCCCAGGGCUCCCAGGAGCUGCUGGAAUUCACCAUUCGAUCGGCUGAGUCUGUCUUUGAGAACUUGAACGAGCCAAAAAUGCCGAUAAUGGAAGAAACGUACAAGAUGGAGUUCAUGUACAGCAACGUGGAGCACAGGCAGGUGGUCAUCAUCCACCAUAUGAGGCUGCAGGCCAAGGCUCUGCAACUGAUCGUGACCGUGCGGACAACGAGAGGGGUGGAACCGCUCGGCAUAUGUGAGAAAUUUUUGCAAGAAGUGGACUGUUUUCAAAGGUGUUUCAUUUCCGAGCUGCCCCACAUGCAAGGCAGCUUUGUGGAUAAGCUCCUUGACCUGAUGCCCAGGUUGGUCACUUCCAAGCCUUCAGAAGUGGUCAAGAUCCUCCGGGUGACCUUGCGACAGAGUAACUUCCUUCACCUUCCAUUGCCAGAGAAGAUCCACCGAGCAGCCGCCACCAUUAUUGAGCCCACAGGAGAAUCGGACAAUCCCCUUCGCUUCACGUCAGGAUUAGUGGUCGCAGUGGAUGUGGAUGCCACUCUGGAACACGUGCAAGAUCCUCAAAACACAGUGAAAGUCCAGAUCCUGUAUCCUGACGGUCAGUCCCAGGUGAUCCAUCCGAAACCGGCAGAUUUUAGAAAUCCUGGUCCAGGAAGGCACCGAUUAAUUACUCAGGUUUACCUUUCGCACACUGCGUGGACAGAACCUUGUCAAGUUGAACUCCAACUUCUCCUGGCCUACAGUUCGGACAGAACCAAGGCCUCCGUGGACCUCUCGCGCUCCACCUGGGGAGACGGCCCGGAUCUUCUCCCCGCAUCAGAGGGCAGCAUCGAAGGCACUCUCCUGUUCGGCAAACCAGUCAAAGUUUAUAUUAUGCCCAAGCCUGGCAGGCGGUGAAAGCUGUAGUUUGCAAAAUCAUUUUCCUU